AUGGCCACCACUAAUAGCACACCAAUGUCUUCUGAGAAGGAUGGCAUUACACGAGCUGGCUCUGUGCACUCAGCUACUCGGCCCGGCAGCAUCAUCAAUACUGUGAAAGAUAUCGGUCCAGAUCCCAAGGGAGACAUAGCUACUGGCCUCUAUCGAGAAAUUGAUAAUUUUACUCCAGAAGAACUCGAAACAGAGCAACUCAAAGUACGACGCUUGGUGGAUUGGAGAAUUAUGCCCAUCAUCUGCAUGACCUAUAUGAUUCAAUUUCUCGACAAGCUGUCCCUCAAUUAUGCAUCUGCCUACACCCUCAUUCCGGACCUUGGCCUUGAGGGCGAGAGAUACUCGUGGGUUGCAGCCAUCUUCAACUUUGGUUACCUCUUUUGGGCAAUUCCCGCCAACCUCCUCGUCCAACGAUUACCUGUUGCAAAAUAUACUGGUACCAUGAUUUUUGUCUGGGCUAUUCUGCUUGUAUGUCAUGUGGCUGCGAAGAACUAUGCUGGUAUGCUUGCGUUGCGCUUCCUCCUCGGAAUGUUCGAAGCGAGCAUCUCACCAGCGAUCAUGAGUAUCUGUUCAAUGUGGUAUACCCGCUCAGAGCAGCCCUUACGAAUGUGUAUAUUCCUUGCCUUCAAUGGUAUGGCAACGAUGAUCGGAGCCUUGCUGGGCUUUGGACUCGGCCAUUCCACCAGCACGUCGUUGAAGUCUUGGCAACUCAUCUUCCUGACUAUCGGACUUAUCAAUUUUGUCUGGAGUAUCAUUUUUCUUUGGAUCAUGCCGGACUCGCCAGCAAAUGCAAAGUUUCUGACUCACAGGCAACGCGUAGUUGCUGUUUAUCGAGUUUCCAAUAACAUGAUCGGGGUGAAGACGAAACAGUACAAGUUGCCCCAGGUUACCGAAGCUUUUACCGAUGUCAAGGUGCUUCUCAUUGCGCUCAUCGGUGUAGCUACUGGCGUGAUUAAUGGAGGAAUUGCAAACUUCGCGUCAGCACUGAUCCGAGGAUAUGGAUUCAGCGGCAUUAGUGCCACACUAUUACAGCUUCCAACAGGAGCCUUCGAAUUCGUUCUCGUGCCAGUCUGUGGCCUCAUCGCUGCAUAUUGUGCCAAUACACGAUGCAUUGUUCUUGGCGUGAUCUGUCUGGUACCCUUUGGAGGCCUCCUCGGUAUCAGAUUCACAGACCUGGAGCAUCGAUGGACGCUGGUAGGAUGCACAUGGCUUCAAUACAUCGUCGGGGCGCCAGUCAUUCUCAGUUGGAAUCUGCUCACCACCAACGUCGCUGGACAUACCAAACGAUCCUUCUCUAAUGGCCUCUGGUUCACCCUCUACGCAGCUGGUAACAUCGCUGGAGCCAAUAUAUUCUUUGCGAGGGAACGACCAAGAUACUUCUCUGCGCUCACUGGACUGUGCAUUUGUUAUGGUGGCAUAAUUGUGAUAGCAGCACUUUUGUGGAUACUAAUGAAAAGGGAGAACCUCCGGAGAGAUGCCGAACAAGAGAGAAGAGGCAGCGCAGCCGUUGUGUAUGCUCACUCUAAGGAAGGCGUGCAAACUGAUCAGAGGGCGAUAGACGAUGGCUUCAACGACUUGACUGAUAAACAAGGUCGAUACUUUCGAUAUGCUCUAUAG